GUCAACUAGCAUUUUCAAGUACUUAGCAUACUAAAACUCUGGGGAUACAGAGAAAGGCAAAAACUAGUCUCUGCUCUUUAGGACUCUAGUGUUAUAAAGGGGGUGGGAGGUGCGAAUGAAAACAACAUCCAAAGAGUCCUGCAAGCUAUAUAUGGGAUAAACGGGAGAUAAUCAAGGGAGAGGAAAGGCACUAGCGUUAAGAGGGAUCGGGAAAGACUUCCUAGAGAAGGUGGGAUUUUAUCUGGGACUUAAACCAAGGAAGGAAGGAGUUCGAAUAUUUUAGGCAUUGGGGACAGCCAAUGAAAAUCCCCGAGUCAGGAGAUGGAGUGUAUUGUGGGAGGAACGGCGGGGCAGUCUGCCUUUCUGGCCAGCCGAGCACGUAAAGGGGAGUAAGGUGUCAGAAAACUGGCAAGAUAAGUGGGCUCUGCCUCCUUUCCCUUUUUAUUCUUCCUUUGUUCUCUUCUGGUGAUCUCUAGCCAGGAGCAGUUUCACAGUUGAUCCAAUAUGUGGGAGCCCUCCUGGAAGGCUUUGGAAAAUUUUCCACUUCUGCUCUAUAUUUUGAUUGCAAAAUCUAUUAUUCUUUGCUUGGCAUUUGCUGGAGCCAAAAUGUGGCAAAGGAAAAGACUGGAAGCACAAAUGCAAAAAAAAUUGGAGGCCACACAGAAAAAGACCAUUGAGAAGAAAGAAGAUUGAUGUGUCUCAAAGAGGUUUUACCAAUUGUCUGAUGAAUUGGAUAGACUCCAGUUCUAGGAGUUUGGUGUGUCAAGGGAUUAUAUCUUCAUCUGUAACUUUAACUUAAAACAAUGUAUAAGUUGGCAUAUGCUUUAUUAGGAACUGGUAUCUAAUUUACAUAUUAAAAUGGUUUUCUCAA